GUCAAAUAUAGUGCACUGUGUUCGUAACAGAUUCUAGUUUUUGGAACAGAAAAAUGUAUUGAGAUCAGAUGUUUCAUCAAUGAGAAAAUUAGAAGAAUGUCGGCCCAGUUUCAGCCAGUUCCAUCCUCUCCCACUACCCGCGACUGGACUUCCUCUCACCACCAUAUUUGGGGGGUGAGAAAACGUUCUAAACGGAUGCUUCGAUUUUAUAGCUCCUGUGACGUAUCUGAGUUACCCCUUCUGGGUUGACAGAGAUGAGGUAACGGGGGCAGGGGAUGUCUAUGAGGGGGCAUACAGGAGGAGAAGGAAACGUGCCACAUCGAUAAAGGUCACAGGUGUGUGAUAGUGAAGGGGGGCUGGACUGCGUGGGAAACUCAGCUUCCAUUCCCAUCCCAGCUCACAGACAUCAGACCUAGCCAGCAGUCAGCUCACAGACAUCAGACCUAGCCAGCAGUCAGCUCACAGACAUCAGACCUAGCUUACAGUCAGCUCACAGACAUCAGACCUAGCCUACAGCCAGCUCACAGAGAGACAGAACAAAUGUGGUUGUAUUUAGUCAUCUUUGGAUGUCUGCCACUGUGUGUCCCUGCUCCAGCGGUGGAGCAGGGAAGGAGUUGUGUGUUCCUGACCAGUUCCCGUAACUCCAAGAAAAUGGAGGAGGGUCACCUUAACGGUACAAUCCAGUACUGUGCCCACACUAACUGCUGUGUCGGCUUCUUUCGUAUUAUCGCAGGCCAGCCAGUGGCAGAACUACAAGGUUGCAAAAUGGUAGUCGGUGGCUGCCUAGAUCCUACCUGCUUUACAUCAACCACCCAUUUAGACUACAUCAGAUGUGAGUGCAGCUCAAACCUCUGUAAUGGCAACAUCACGUGGAACGCAGAAGAGAAGCAACCUCAACGCAAACACUCAUCUCACUCUGCAGACAUGGUCACGGCCCCUGUGGUUGUCCUUGGGAUGUUACUGUGUACCCUAGUGGUGGCAGUUAAAUGCAGACAUCGUUUCAGAGGUUACGAUGACAAGCAGCAUCUAUCUCUGCCAGAGGAAUCUCUGACCUCACUGUGUUCAUGUCACACAUCAAAACAGUCUGAUAUGGACCUGACCAGCAUGGAACUACAACAGAUUGUGGGUAGUGGUCACUUUGCGUCAGUCUGGCAGGGAAGUUACCAAGGGACUACGGUGGCUGUGAAGGUGUUCCCCACCUGGUGCAGACAGGAGUUCACAGUGGAGAGGGAAGUGUACGGACUACCACACCUGGUGCAUGCUGGGAUUGCUCACUUCCUGGGAGCUGGCAGGAAGUCAGAUAGCGGAGACUGUGUCCUGCUCCUGGAGCUAGCCACAUGCGGCUCUCUCAGUUCCUUCCUGUCCAAGAACAGCAGUGACUGGACGACAACACUGAAGCUGGCCCAGUCUCUGUCUGAGGGACUGGCUUACCUCCAUUCUGACUUCUACAGGCAUGGGGUGCACAAGCCAGCGGUGGCCCACAGAGAUCUCAGUAGUAACAACGUGCUAGUGAGGGACGAUGGUACCUGUGUCCUGUGUGACUUUGGCUCUUCCACCAUCCUGCGCUCGUGCGCCGGUCCACACAGCUGGCAGCGCUACAUGGUUAACGUACAGAGCCAGGUGGGGACGUUGUGCUAUAUGGCCCCCGAGCUCCUGGAUGGCUGCGUGAACCUGAGCAGUGGCUGGUGUCUCAUUCAGGCAGACGUCUACUCCUUAGGAACGCUGCUUUGGGAGCUGCUGAUGCGCUGCUCAGACCUUUUCAUAGGCUGCCCAGUGCCAGAACACAGACUGCCUUAUGAAGAGGAGCUAGGGGCCAGUCCUUCUUUAGAGCAGCUCAUAGUCCAUGUAUCUGAGAGAAGGGAACGUCCUUCAGUACCCAAACACUGGCAACAGGGCUUGCAUGACAUUCUGUUGGACAGUUGGGACCAUGACUCAGAUGCCAGACUGACAGCCCAGUGUGCCAGGGACAGACUAGUGUCUCUACCCCCCUGUUGCUCCAUAUGAUAUAUAUAUAUAUAUAUAUAU